GUUUUUGAUGAGCAACAUCCAUGGCUGUGGUCUCUCAAGUGUCAGACAGGAGGGUUCCCUUCUUUCUUCACUUUUGCUACUCCAGCCUGGCACAUGUUCCAGUUCAUGCCUACCAGCACACCAAGGUUCUGCACAGCUGCUCCCCAGUCAGGUUGCUUCCCAGUCCCAACUUGCUGCACCUGGCACUGUAUGGAGGGAGAAACUGAUGCUUAUUGAGAUCUGAGGCUGUCCCUAACAACCAACUCUGCUGGAUCUGCUGGAUCACGGAGAUCGUGUGUGAUGCUGUCCAUGUCACUGGAGGGUUCUUCACAAGUGCCUUGAUCAAUGUGCUCCUUCAUUGAUGUCCACUUUGUUCCUUCACGAUCUUACUCAGCAAAGUGCUCGAGGCUUGCAGCAGUGACUGAAGUCAGAAGGAKCUGACUUCUGAACAUUCCAGGCAGGAUGAAAGACCGUCUAAGUGAGCUGCGUGAAUUUGCCAGGUUACACAACCAGCAGUUUUCUGAUAGUGAUGAUGAUGAAAAUUCACCCCAGGAUAUUCUCCAUUAUGAGACGGACUAUGCCUUGGAAAUUCUUCAUAAGGACAUACAGAACAUCCGGACAGAAAAUGACCACCUAAAAGCGGAUGUCAACCGUCUCAGAAAGCAAAACACCCGCUUCCUUACUUCCAUGCGCCGCCUUAGUAGCAUCAAACGAGAUACUAAUUGUAUUGCCAAAGACAUUAAGGCCCGUGGAGAAAUCAUCCACAGAAAACUGCAGGUAAUGAGAGAUUUCUGUGAAGAUGCAAUAACAAGAUAUGGAGCUAUGUCUGUCAUUGCCAGGGUGGCRAAGAACCACUACGUUGACCUCAUGCACACAUUUCAGAACGCUAUGUUUGAUUACAAUGCAACAGAGAUGAACCAGCGGGAGAACUGCAAGAUUCGAAUUCAGCGGCAGCUGGAGAUCAUGGGCAAAGAUGUUUCUGGCAACCAGAUUGAGGAGAUGAUUGAGCAAGGCAAAUGGGAUGUCUUCUCUGAGAAUCUCUUGUCAGAUGUUAAGGGGGCUCGCUCAGCCUUGAAUGAGAUAGAGACACGACACAARGAACUGGUGAAAUUAGAAGGUCGCAUUAAGGAAGUUCAUGAGCUCUUUCUGCAGGUGGGCCUGCUGGUGGAGGAACAGGCAGACACCUUUGAUGUUAUUGAGAUAAAUAUGCAAAAUGUUGAGGACUAUGUAGGAGAUGCUAAAGACCAAGUGAAAAAAGCUUUGGAAUACAGGAGAAAACAUCCCCUCAGAACAAUCCUGUGCUGCUGCUUAUCGUGUUGCAGAAGGUGACAGCCCCCCUGGAGCUAUCACAGACUGAAAUGCAUGAAUUCAAAAUCAGGUGUUCUUUCCAGAGACUYUUCUGUAAUGACAAGCCCUAGAAAUAGAAGGGAUAUUUUGCAGUUGGUUUUCUUCAUUGUCUUUUUACUGAAUGUGCUAAAAGCUGUUUCUAUUUGUGAACUCUUAGAAAUGUUGAUAAAACUAUUUUUAAUCUAAUUUUUAUUGGAAGGUUCUGUUACUAUAUCUAGAGGUACAAGAUCUUGUUUCAGAUAGGCAAAAAAGAGGAAUGAAUAACCUGGCCUAGGGAAGAUGAAUACUUCCAAAAAGUAAUUUUAUUCUUAUUUGUCCAAGUGAGGCUGCAGGGGGUGAAGUCUUAUUGCCUGGGGUGACACAUUACAACACAAUCAGGAGGUUUCAGUUUUAAUAACUUGAUGCAAAUUUGACAAGAUCUGUCUGCUAACAGGAGCAGGACACAGAACUGGUUUCUCUUUCAACUUGAUUUCCAGCUGUCUUGAAUCUUAACAGAAGUGGCUGUGCCUUCUAAGAUAAUAUGCACAUUUUGCUCUAUUUGUGUGCAAGUGACUACUUUUUUCCAUUUUGAGUACCCAACUCUCUCAAGGUGGCUAAAAGCACUGCAACACUGAGGCAUCUCACUCACUCUUAAUUGAGCCACUCUCUGGACUCUCAAUUUCAAACCUGUCAUGCUUUCAUGUUCUGAUACAUUUUUCUGCCAAUUAGCACUUCAGCCAGAAGAGAAAUAUGCCAUGGCCUUCUGCAGAAACAUUCAUAAGAAGACAACAGUUGUGGGGUUGAGAAAGCAUUUUAGGAUUUCCUGUACUGGCAYGUACAUACAAGCAGUUUUAGUGAAAUGAUUGGCCUGUCAGGACACUUUUAUUUUUUUAUAAGCCUUGACCAAAUAUAGAUUUUUUAAAUAUCUAUUUUAAAUAAGAUGAAGGAUUAAUUUUUUUAUGUGCAAUUUUACUGGUGUACAAAAAUUUUGACUUUUUUCCAAUUGUUGGGAAAUCUCCACCUGGGAAAGCAAAUAGAACUAUUCCUUCAGUAUAUCUGAAGAAGAAAGAAAACAGUUUCAUGUCAUUUCAGUGCUCUCUUCAAACUUAAAAGUAAACUCUCCUUUUGUGUAUUGGGAGUCUGUCCUUAAACAAGGGCAAAACAGUAAGUUUGGAGCAUGGCAAGGAAGAAAAAAUGUGCAACCCUGGUAAGCACUGAGCAUUGUCAGUAAAAUGUAUUCAUAAGGUCUGGUGAGUGAUCACAGCUUCUGCUUCUGGAGGUUGUCCAAUCUUAUUUCUAGAUGACUUCCUGAUACUUUGUGAUCUAUUGCCAUCCUUUGAGAUAAUGCAGGGCAUUGUUUCAGAAGUUAAUUUUUUUUAACCAAGAAUCCUAUUUGUACAUAUUUUAAUAAAUUUAUUUCAACAUUUCAGAUAUUUUGUAUUUGAGAGUUUUCCUCAGAUAUGCAUAGACGUGCAUCUUCCUGCACCAGUCRCAGUGGAACUUCUCCCUUCUGACCUUUUUAAUCCUAAUUUUAUAUGUGAAAAAAAACCCCAAACAUUUCUUGCUAUUUAUAUUAAUGUAACAAAACAGCAAAAUAAAUCCAGCUUCCAAGCUUUCAUAUCUUACUGGGAAACACUUUUUAGCCAGCCAGGCUUUUUCACAGAAACAGAAAUUAAAUGGAAAACUCUUCUCAGAAACUGAAUGUCUCUUUUGCUGUAGCAUUUCUCUGUGAUAACAUGGAAGAGUGAGGAACACUGAUCUUUUAAACUGURAGAUAUUUUGAUAUUCAGUGGUGUACUGGUGAUAUCAGUGCUAUACUUGUCUGAGGACCUCUCCAACAACAGUGUUCAAACUUUCUCCCACUUCUGGAAAGGAGGGCGAUGAGUAAGUGGAACUGUGCAUUUGUAGAGAAAUACCCUAAACCUCUGAGAGUCAGCAUGUGGGGAUAAAUCAGUGAAGAAUGAAAGAAUGUAUUUCCUUUCAUAUGCACACUCCUAGCACUUGCCAAUAUCUUUGAUAUACACGUCUUUUUGUGUUGUUUCCUUUUUUGCAUCUACAAAUGGAAUAAAAGAUUUUAUAAGA